GUAUGGACACAGUUCGAUCAGAGGAAAAUAUUGAAAAGCCAUCGAAAAUUACAAACAGUAUUUUUUGGUUAGUGGAAAAAACUGCUUGCUUGGUUUCGAAAAAGCUACUCCAACGUAAUAAUAGAACCCAUCUGGCUUGCAGGCAGUCCAAAUCUAGUGAAAGAAAAGCGUUACCAUUGAAAAUACGAAUCGCACAAUUGGCGAUGGAAAAGCGAAAACAGCGGGCAACGAUUGAAAAACUUCAGUCGGAAGUCUGUCAAAUGACUACCGAGGUGAAGUAUUUGCUCGAGCAGCGACGGAUACUAAAGCUUCCAACAGCACGAUACCAUCCUCGACAAAAGCUGAGCGAUGUUUUGGAUGUAAAUCUUGAAACCAUAUAUGAAGAUAAGGUGCUGAAUUUGUGCGUGAUCAAUGACCGUUUUAGACUGAACGAAAUCAGAAAAGAGAAACGGACGGCAAGCAACAAAAUUCGUGUGAAAAAAUAUACGGUUUAAAUUUGAACUAUCAGCCUAGAUUUAUAAGUAAAAUUCAGCUUAAAGGCCGAUUUCUUCACCUUCGCUUAACUUC